UGCUGUGCCUUUGAAGAUAUCAUUAAACAAAACCCAUAUCUUAUACAAAUUCAAAUCGCGCGAGCUAUCCUCCAGCAACGCGCCACCCAAGGAUGAUUCUCACGUCUUAUAACCCUGUUCGGGCUAUUCCGGCUGGUGCCAGCGAAUCUCGUUCUGAAGCUUCAUCGCUUUCUCUUUCUUCUGUCUCUCCCUUGUGGAGGGGUAACAUCAGUAGCGGAAGGAGGAGGAAUCUACGAGUAGCGAGGCGAAACAUGGCUUCGAAUUUGACCACUAACAAUUUCCUACGCCACGUAGAAUCCAUGACGGAGCUGCCAUCAGGUGCUGGUCACAUUUCGAAACUGAACGCUGUGGUUCUCGGUGAAGCUCUCGCUACUGAAGAGAACGAAUUGGUGUUUCCCAGCAAGGAGUUCUCUAGCCAAGCACUCGUUCAGUCCCCAGAACAGUAUCUGGAGAUGUACAAGAGGUCCAUAGAGGACCCGGCAGGAUUCUGGUCCGACAUUGCAUCCGAGUUCUAUUGGAAACAAAAAUGGGGUGAUAAAGUACGCGACGAAAAUUUUGAUGUUAGGAAGGGCAAUAUCAAGAUUGAGUGGUUCAAGGGUGGCAUCACCAACAUCUGUUACAAUUGCUUGGAUAGAAAUGUAGAGGCUGGACUUGGCAAUAAGAUAGCCAUUUACUGGGAAGGCAACGAGCCUGGUUCAGAUGGUACUUUGACUUACGCACAGCUCCUGGAUCAAGUUUGCCAGGUUGCAAACUACCUAAAGGAUAUUGGUGUCAGAAAGGGAGAUGCUGUAAUAAUUUACUUGCCCAUGCUGAUGGAGCUCCCCAUCACAAUGCUUGCAUGUGCCCGCAUUGGUGCUGUUCAUUCGGUUGUAUUUGCUGGGUUUUCUGCAGAAUCUCUGGUACAAAGAAUCAUUGAUUGUAAACCGAAAGUUGUGAUUACUUGCAAUGCUGUUAAAAGGGGCUCCAAGAUAAUCCAACUGAAAGACAUAGUUGAUGCUGCUAUUAAUGAGUCAGCCAAAAAUGGGGUCUCUGUAGAUGUAUGCUUAACUUAUGAGAACCAAUCGGCAAUGAAAAGGGAAGAUACAAAAUGGCAGGAAGGACGAGAUAUAUGGUGGCAGGAUGUCAUGCCUCGAUAUCCAACCACUUGUCCGGUGGAAUGGGUUGAUGCAGAGGAUCCACUUUUUCUGCUAUAUACAAGUGGGAGUACCGGAAAACCAAAGGGUGUCCUCCAUACAACAGGUGGCUACAUGGUGUACACCGCUACCACAUUCAAGUAUGCGUUUGACUACAAACCAUCUGAUGUCUACUGGUGUACUGCUGACUGUGGUUGGAUUACUGGGCACAGCUAUGUUACUUACGGACCAAUGCUCAACGGUGCAACAGUAGUUUUGUACGAAGGGGCUCCCAAUUAUCCUGAUGCUGGGCGCAGUUGGGACAUUGUUGACAAAUACAAGGUGACCUUAUUCUACACUGCUCCCACAUUGGUGCGGUCGCUCAUGCGUGAUGGUGAUGAGUAUGUCACCCGGUACUCGAGGAAAUCAUUACGAGUUCUGGGAAGUGUUGGCGAGCCCAUAAAUCCAAGUGCGUGGAGGUGGUUUUACAAUGUAGUCGGAGAUUCAAGAUGUCCUAUCUCUGACACUUGGUGGCAGACGGAAACUGGUGGCUUCAUGAUAACUCCACUACCUGGUGCUUGGCCCCAAAAGCCUGGCUCGGCUACAUUCCCUUUCUUUGGAGUUCAGCCUGUCAUAGUGGAUGAGAAAGGUGUUGAAAUACAAGGUGAAUGUAGCGGUUAUCUGUGUAUUAAAAACUCAUGGCCUGGUGCAUUCCGAACUCUUUAUGGCGAUCAUGAAAGAUAUGAAACAACGUAUUUCAAGCCGUUUCCCGGAUAUUAUUUUUCUGGUGAUGGCUGCAGCAGGGAUAAAGAUGGAUACCACUGGCUCACUGGAAGAGUGGAUGAUGUCAUCAAUGUCAGUGGGCAUCGUAUUGGCACAGCUGAAGUGGAAUCGGCUCUAGUUUCACAUCCUCAAUGUGCAGAAGCUGCUGUGGUUGGUGUUGAGCAUGAGGUUAAAGGGCAGGGUAUCUAUGCAUUUGUCACUCUUGUAGACGGUGUUCCCUACAGUGAAGAGCUGCGGAAGAGCCUCAUACUCACAGUUCGAAAGCAGAUAGGAGCUUUUGCUGCCCCUGACAAAAUCCAUUGGGCUCCUGGCCUCCCAAAAACAAGGAGCGGAAAGAUCAUGCGAAGAAUCCUGAGAAAAAUUGCUUCCAGGCAAUUGGAUGAGCUUGGAGACACAAGUACCCUUUCAGAUCCAAACGUGGUCAAUCAACUUAUACAACUUGCUGAUUGCUGAAUCUCCCAAGUCUCUGAUAUCUGGAGGUAUAAUACCGGCAUAACUGACCUAUUAGAGGCUUUGCCAAUGUCGUCAUAAAGAGCAGCAAGAGGACGAGUUUUUGAUUGUUAUGAAAUUGUUGUGCCUUUUAUUUCGUGGCCGCUUGGGACCUCAGAAUCUUGGAGAAUAAGAUAUUUCUAGUAGUUUUGUCCUCAUUUUCAUACCGGUCGUUUGAUGUUGCGUGUGGCCAAUGAAAUAAUAGAACACGGGGCUUUUGUAAAAUUAUUAUGGGACUUACAAAAUUUUAGAUA